AUGGCGUCGUCGUUAAUUCGCCUCCGCCACACCCUCAGAGCACUCUCCGGCGUCACCCAGUCCAUCUCCGCGACGACCACGGCGUUGUUUUCCGCCCCGAUCAGAUGUUCCGUUUCACGGAGCUGCCACUCUCCGAAGAGUGUGAUUCAGUCCCGUUCGUUUAGGCCAUCCUCGAUUUCGCUUCUCUCUGUUCGAUCCUCGCAGAGCAACAUCCCCGACGAGAUUGGCCCCGAUACCAUUCUCUUCGAGGGCUGCGACUACAACCAUUGGCUCUUCGUCAUGGACUUCCCCAGGGACAACAAACCCCCUCCCGAAGAGAUGGUUCGCGUUUACGAGGAAACUUGUGCCAAAGGCCUCAACAUCAGUGUGGAAGAGGCGAAGAAGAAGAUAUAUGCCUGCAGCACAACAACUUACACAGGCUUUCAGGCAGUCAUGACUGAAGAAGAGUCUAAAAAAUUUGAAGGUCUUCCUGGGGUCAUCUUUGUGCUACCAGAUUCCUAUAUUGAUCCAGUGAACAAGCAGUACGGGGGAGAUCAGUACAUUAAUGGAACAAUUAUCCCUCGACCUCCACCAGUACAGUAUGGAAGAAAUCAAGGAAGACGAGACAGAAAUAGGAGUUUUGGUCAGUACAAUCGACAAGAGAAUCCAAUGCCAAGCCCUCAAGGGAAUCCCUCUUACAAUAGUCAGGGGUCUGGGCCAGGGGAUGGAAGAAACUAUGGGCCUUCACAAAAUUAUCCACCCCAACAGAACUAUGGUCAAGCAUCAUCGAAUCAUUCACCUCAACAAAACUAUGGCCAAGCAUCGCAGAAUUAUCGACCCCAACAGAAUUAUGGCCAAGCAUCACAGAAUUAUCCACCCCAACAGAAUUAUGGCCAAGCAUCUCAGAAUUAUCCACCCCAACAGAAGUAUGGCCAAGCAUCUCAGAAUUAUCCACCCCAACAGAACUAUGGCCAGGCAUCACAGAAUUAUCCUUCCGAACAAAAUUAUGGUAAAGCAUCACACAAUUAUCCACCCCAACAGAACUAUGGUCAGGCAUCACACAAUUAUCCACCCCAACAAAACUAUGGUCAGGCACCGCAAAAUUAUCCACCUCAACAGAACUUUGAUCAAGCAUCACAGAAUUAUCCACAAUAUGCACAACAGCAGGGCUUUGGACCUCCAGGACAAGGGGAAAGAAGAAGUUAUAUGCCACAGCAGAACUUUGGACGACCCGGACAAGGAGAAAGAAGAGAUCCUAUCCCUAGGCAUGAUGCUUCAGAUGUGAGGGGUGAUUCUUUUACGCCAUCAUAUAUGAAGGAUUUCAAGCCAUCAUACAUGGAUGAAUUUGAACAGGCUGAGCAGGGGAAUCAUCCUGCCAAAGAACAUACAGGUUCACAACAAAGAUAUCCACCUUCUGGCCCAGGCAAUUUUACUGGAGAGGUAUACUAUGAAACCCAAAAAUUGAGAAACAUUCAAGUCCCCGUUUCUGGGUCAAAUUAG